UUUUGGCAGGACACACAGCAACAAAUCUAAAGUACACACGACCCACUUUUGGGGGGAAAAUAAAAACAUUACUAAAAAUAUUCCUAAAAAAAAUCUGAAAUAUUGCUAAAGUUUCCCAUAACGUACUUGCGCUACUACAUAUCUACGAUUUCAUGGUGUAAAAUCGGACAAAAAUAAGAGGAAAAGAAUGAUGGCGUGGUAGCAGCAGUGGUAGUCUUUUGUGUUUGGGCCGGUGGACGGCUCUGGGUCUGGUGUGAGAGGGCGGGAGUGAGGAAGAGUGUGUGGAGAUGAAGCUGGGACAGAGGAACUCAGUAUGUAUCCUGUCCAGUCGAGAGCGGGGAGCACGGGGUCUUGCAUCACACAGGGUCCUGCAGCAGCUUGUAGAAGAGAAGACACAGCGAAUGAAAUGGCAAAGUCAGAAAGUGGAGUUACCAGACAGUCCCCGCUCAACCUUUCUGCUAGCAUUCAGUCCAGACAGGUCUUUAAUGGCUUCCACUCAUGUGAACCAUAACAUCUACAUCACUGAGGUUAAAUCAGGAAAGUGUGUUCAUUCACUGGUGGGCCACCGCAGGACACCCUGGUGUCUAACUUUUCACCCUAGCAUCCCUGGGCUUAUUGCUUCUGGCUGCCUGGACGGAGAGGUCAGAAUCUGGGACCUACAUGGUGGCAGUGAGAGCUGGCUUACAGAGAGCAACUCCGCAAUCGCAUCUCUUGCUUUCCACCCCACGGCUCAGCUGCUGCUCAUUGCCACCAACAAUGAGGUGCAUCUGUGGGACUGGAGUCGGAAAGAGCCCUUCACUGUGAUCAAGACUGCCAGUGAGACAGAGAGAGUCAGAUUGGUGAGAUUUGAUCCAUUGGGUCACUAUCUUCUAACUGCCAUUGUAAACCCUUCGAACCAACCGAAUGACGAUGAUCCUGAGAUUCCAAUGGACAGUGUGGAGAUGCCUCAUCUCCGACAGCGCUCCUUCCUGCAGUCCCAGCCUGCGAGGCGCACACCCAUCUUGCACAACUUCUUGCACAUCCUCACUUCCCGUAACUCCAUUCCUCAGGCUGGAGGUGCCCAUUCUGCUUCCACUGACGAGUCCUCUGAUUCUUCUGGCCCUUACACUCUUUUGUGCGUUCAGCCGCUUGGAAUGGUGUGUUUUUGUAGCCGUUGCUCUGCAGCACGAGUUCCAUCUCCACCUGACGAGGACCCUUCAGACUCGGCAUCCCUGGAGGCACAAGCUCACACUUUUUCUUCUGCACGCACAGAGCCACUGCAGAUGUCACGGUUUUCUGUUGAAUCUCGUGCUGCUAAUCGCUACUCUGCAUUCAGCAGUGUGCAUGGUGGAGGCAGCAACAUGCGGAAUCAUUCUUCUAGCUCUGGCAGGAGGGGGGUUACUGGAAUGGCACCUGUCCCGCAUUUCCGACAACAACCGCCAGGUAGGGAAGGUGGAGGACGUCAUCCUGGAGCAGACUGGACAGUCAGUGGACUUAAUGGACAAAGCAGUAGUAUGACUCCACACAGAACUGGCGCUUCCUCUGUUAGCCUUCUUUCUGUCCUGCGACAGCAAGGGAUUUCCUCACAAUCACCUGUUUACACUUCUGCUAGUGAUAGAUGGGGCUAUUCUCAAAGCAGCGGCAGCACAUCAGGAACUAGUUCCAGCAGGCACCGUCCUCCAGAAGAAGAGGGACACAGCAGCUCCUCUUCCAUCCACAGUGUCCUGCGUUGUAACCUUUACCGCUAUUUCAUGGAUUAUGAGGGAACGCAGGAAACGGUCCAGCCUCUAGAGGGCAGCAGACAGGACCAGCAGACUCAGGAAAUGCUCAACAACAACAUGGACCCAGAGCAACCAGGACCAUCUCAUUACCAGUCACCCUAUAGCGGUGAAAACCCUUCCCACAGUCACAUGAACCGCUGUAGAGUCUGCCACAAUCUUUUCACUUACAAUCAGGGUAGCCGGCGCUGGGAUAGAACAGGUCAGCCUACAUCUACUGAGAGAAACACACCAUGGCAACCUUCUAGUUCUGCCUUCCACAGCGUAGCUCCAGUUUCACAAUCUAAUGAACACCUACUGGAGCACAGACCCAUAGAGUCCACCCCAAAUACCCCAGAGCCUCAUGUACCCUUUUCCCAGAGAACUGACACUGGACAGAAUGAGGAGCAGACCGUUGGGCUUGUCUUCAACCAGGAAACUGGCCAACUGGAGCGUGUUUACAGACAGUCUGCCUCCUCUCGCUCUUCAAACAUAUCACAAGGAGCCUUAAACCAGGAAAUGCCUGAAGAAACACCAGAUAACGAUUACUUGCGCAGGAGGCUGCUGGAGUCAUCCAUGAUGUCUCUUUCCAGAAAUGGCACCUCUGGGUCACGAGACCACCCCAUCUAUCCCGACCCGGCCAGGUUGUCCCCUGCAGCAUAUUAUGCACAGCGUAUGAUCCAGUAUCUGUCUCGACGGGACAGCGUUCGGCAACACUCCCACCGUCCCCCUAGCAGACCUCGACCCCUCUCUUCAAAUCCCAGCAGUCUUUCCCCGAGCCCUGUCCCUAACGCAGAGAACAGCGAAGUUGACUUUGAGGAGUUUGAGGAAAAUGGAAGCAGAUAUAGGACUCCUCGUAAUGCACGCAUGUCAGCCCCCUCUCUUGGUCGCUUUGUUGGAACCAGGCGCUUCCUCUUGCCGGAGUUUUUGCCGUAUGCUGGAAUCUUCCAUGAGCGAGGGCAGCCGGGCCUGGCAACGCACUCAUCCGUCAAUAGGGUCCUCGCAGGUGCUGUAAUUGGAGACGGUCAAUCUGCAGUGGCCAGCAACAUCGCUAACACAACCUAUCGUCUGCAGUGGUGGGACUUCACCAAAUUUGACUUGCCUGAAAUCAGUAAUGCGUCAGUGAAUGUUCUGGUCCCCAACUGUAAGAUCUACAACGAUGCGAGCUGUGAUAUCUCAGCGGAUGGGCAGCUGCUGGCCGUAUUUAUUCCCAGCAGUCAGAGGGGUUUCCCUGAUGAAGGCAUUUUGGCUGUUUACUCCCUCGCCCCGCACAACCUGGGAGAGAUGCUCUACUCCAAGAGAUUCGGUCCAAAUGCCAUCUCUGUCAGUUUGUCUCCGAUGGGUCGUUACGUGAUGGUGGGUCUGGCGUCUCGCCGCAUCCUGCUGCAUCAGAUCAGCGAUCACAUGGUGGCACAGGUCUUCAGACUGCAGCAGCCUCACGCAGGAGAGACGUCCAUGAGGAGGGUGUUUGACGUGGUGUACCCAAUGGCACCAGACCAGAGGAGACACGUCAGUAUAAACUCGGCCCGCUGGCUCCCAGAUCCAGGGCUUGGGCUCGCUUAUGGGACCAACAAAGGAGAUCUUGUCAUCUGCAGACCUGUCGAUGUGCAUUCUGAUGGCAGCAGCACCUCUGAACACUCUGAGAGAAUGUUCACCAUCAAUAAUGGUGGAGGGGUUGGACCCAGUAGCAGCAGGAGUGGAGACAGGGCAGGGAGCAGCAGGACCGAUCGGCGGUCACACAGAGACAUAGGCCUGAUGAAUGGAGUUGGUCUGCAGCCACAACCUCCUGCCGCUAGUGUUACUUCACAGGGGACGCAGACACAGAGCCAGCGUCUACAGCAUGCAGAGACACAGACCGACCGUAACCUUCCAGAUGACCCCCAGCAGCCCAGCACUUCUCAGGGGUCACAGGUCACUGAUGCCACAGAGCGACUCUCUGGAUUUGGGACUUUGCCAGAGGAUUCUGUCGAGGUGGUUCCAGAGACGCCGCCCCACAGCCGGCCUCAGGAAGAGGAAGGGUCAGAUCCCAGCGAACCCAGCACAGACAGCACAGGUCAGGCUGAAUAUGUUUCUCGUAUCCGAAGGUUAAUGGCUGAGGGAGGCAUGACUGCGGUUGUCCAGCGUGAGCAGAGCACCACAAUGGCGUCCAUGGGCAGCUUUGGCAACAAUAUCAUCGUCAGCCACCGCAUCCACCGAGGCUCCCAGACAGGAGCGGAUGCACAAAAUCGUACUUGUUUAAGCCCAAUCCCUGGUCCUUCUUCUGGUGCUCCGGAGUCUUUAGCUGCAGCUUCGUAUUCGCGCGUCCUCACUAAUACAUUAGGCUUUCAUGGCAACACAGCUCAAGGCUCAGACAUAGACCUCACAGAACCGGAAAGACUGCACACAUCCUUCUUUACACCGGAGUUUUCUCCUCUUUUCUCAUCUGCUGUCGAUGCAAACGGUCCUUCCUCUUCAAUGGGAGCAGACAGCGUCCUGGAGGGAGAAGACUUUCAAGACUUUGCGUCUCUCCCUCCAUCUUUACUCUCAUCCUCGCCGUCUCUUUCACCAGUGAAUAACAGUAACUACAGCAACAGCGAUAGUAGUUAUCUUGGAGAUGAAUACGGGCGGUGAAAGGCCUGCAGUUUUAGGAGAAAUCCAUAUUUGAAAUCAAUCAAGAAGAGAGAAGGUGAUAUUUGCAUUCACCCCUCAUGUUCCUCUUUGGUUGCCUCAUCACUGUUCAUAUUUCGCAUCUACUUUGACAGAGAUUAGUCAAUAAUGAAAGACAGAAAAUAAAGUAGGAGUUUCCUGGCCACGAACAUUCCACUUUUUGGUGAAUUUCCCAAUAAUCGUGUUUGACUGCCUGUUGUCCAUCAUGAUGUGUGCAUAUAGAGGCACAUGCAGAAUGAUGUGUGUAUGUAUGUGCACUCUCAGAAAUGAAAGUACGCGAGCAGUCACUGGGGUGGUGCCUUUUCAAAUUAAAACCUCAAGGGUACAUAUUAGUACCUAAAAAGUACAAAAUAGUUCCUAUUAAAAUAUUUAGGUACUAAUAAAUACUUUUGUGGUACCAAUAUGAACCCUUUAAGAACAAAUGUGUACCUUUUAAAAAAGGUACCACCCCAGUGACAGCUCAUGUACCUUUAUUUCUAAGAGUGUGUGUGAGUGGGAAGAGAGAUGAUCAUCACUUUGCAGUUAAAUCGGUUUCUACAAGACGUUCUGUUCUUCUACAUCCCAACAUUUGAGAUGCCAUUGGAGUCCGCUGUUCUGACCACAAACGUAAAAUUAUAUCAGCCUUGUAGCUGAAGUUACAAAAUCAUGUCACUUUCUGAACGGUUUGCAUAUGUUGCUGUUGAUUAGUUCAGAUGUGUAAGGUCACUGGUAAAAAAAAAAGAAAGGUCAAAUGGUUAUAUGGAGAAUUUUUAUGAAGUUGAAAGCCCACCUUGAUUUAUUUUGUGUUUUAAGUUAUAUUUUUCUUUGUUAUUAGUCUUUGUUUAAAGGUUUUAGAUUUUCUACAGUUUAUUCUGUUCAGUUAACUGCAUAGUACACCCAAAAUCAAUAUGCUGCUGUCAUUUUUAGGUCUUAAAUCUCAUGUCUUUCUUUUUUCAUCCAUACAUUGGAAGUCAGUGGUCACUGAAGUAUGUCACGAUGUAGAUUUUAUAAACAUUCUUCAGAAUUUCUUCUAUCUUCCUCCGAAGAAAGAAAGUGAGAAGGGUUAGUAAGGGUCGGCUUGUGUUGACUAUCCCUAUCUGACUAUCACCCAAAACAUGAAACAUCAUUUCCUCACCCUCCAUUGGUCCAAACCUGUUUAAAUAUCGUUCUUCUGCUGAACACAAAAGAAGAGAUCUUGAUGGAUGUUUCAAAUGAGUAGCUAUUGAUGUUUUGUUCAUACUAUGAAUGUCAGUGGCUUCCCUUUUCCAACAUUUCAACAUGCGAAGAGUUCAAACCUCUAAGUGCCAUUUGAAAUCUUCUUCUAAUAUUAGAUUUUUUGUCAGCCUCCUGUGUGUUGAUUCAGUUGUUUCACUUUUAUAUCAAACAUAGAUUAUUUCCAUCUCUUUUAACAUGAGAUAACUGAACAUAAACAUAAGAGGCUGAAAAAAUGUAGAUUGUAGAAGAAAAUUACAGAUGGCACUUAGAGGUUUUUGCAUCUGAACUUUUCAUAUUCAACCUAGAAAAAACCUCACACUGGUUUGAGGGUGAGCAAAUGCUGAGUAAAUUUUCCUAUUUUCCUGAACGGUUGCUUUAAGAUGUUGUGCCCAUCCGCACCCCCAUCCUUCCGUGUGGUAGAGUCAGUCGUUUUUGCACUCACUGUUACCACGGAAACCCCUCAAUUAUCACGCUUUGCCCCAAAUACAAACCAGAAAGACUUCUCAUUGAAAAGGUCUUCCCUUCCCUGUUUACAGUAAAGUGCUUCUUGACGCAGUGUGAUAAACCUCACACACACAGAGCCUCUAUGGGGAAGCGGUGAAGUCUGACAGACAUGUGUGUGAGAAACGCUAUCCUAGUUCUGUCAGCUACUGUAGAUUUUCAAAAGCCUGCUGAAAGUUAAGCAGACACCUGACAACAUUUGUGUUGCAUCCUUCUCUUUCAUUUCCCUGCUUCUGCACUCUCAGAAAACAGGUUUGAGGUGUGUUGUGUUCAGAGAGUCUGUCCGUUGAACCUUGACGAUUGUUGCUAUGCCUUUUGAAUUUCAGAUUUCAAAGCAUAUUUUUUGGGUUUAUCCACAUAAAAUAACCACAUAACGUCUGAGCUGCUUAAGUGUUUCUUUUGUUGAUUCGUGACCUUAGGAAUGGGGGGUUUUCAGUGUUGAAUGCUGGCCAGUGCUCUGGUACACAUACAGUAGUACUGCACUGGGAUGGCGGAAUGAAUGUUUAUGCGAGGUUUUUCUUAUUCACAGACUAAUGCAUUAUGUUCUGCAUUAAUAUGGAGGCACUCUCUCUGCUUCUUUUGGCAAACCAAUUUAUCUUGAAAAUGAAUGUCUGGCAGCGUCUCCUGAACCCGCUGCUUUGGUGAACUGUGUAACCUCGCAGCUCACUGGCCUAAAAAAAAAAUCGACAUCCUAGUGCUCUUUCUAUAAGAACAAACUCUCUUAAUUUCUCUUUUGCUGCAAGACGGAGACAAAUUACAGCAGUGGCUCUUAUGAUGGAUUAUGUACUUAACAUGUUACUUUUUUUGUCCUUUUGUUGGUUUUUCUGUUCGUUUUAGAAAUCCAUGUUAUUAAAUGAUUUUCUUUUAAAAAUAUACAUUAUGUUAAAGCUGCAUACUUGGAGUAGCAAUCCUGUAUGUGAUUUAAGUGGAAUAAAAUGACACAAAAACA